UGGGCCCGUGGAAAGAGAACCCGCCAAACCUACGGAUCCCGUCACAGGUUUCCCAGGUCCCGACGGAACCCGACUAGCAUUUCCCGCGUAAAGUGCUUCUUUGUUUCCUACUUGCUGCUGCUGCUGCUCCUCCUCUGCCCCGCGGGUCAGGUUACGAAACCGCCGAGGAGGAGCUUCCUUCCACAUCCUUUAUCAGUCAAGUCCUUCGGCGAGAGAGGCCUGACGAGCGAGACACUCACUCACUGCACCGUUAGAAAAGGCGAGUGUGCGCUCCAGGCCGGCCGUGGGAGUUCAGUAAUUUAACAGAAUGUCGUCUGGGAAACAGUCAAAGGACAAGAAACAUCUGGUAACAUAUGUGUGUACAUCAGAAAAAGAGGCAAAAUCAACUGGGAAAAGGAAACGAGAACGUGGAAAACUGGAAAAUGAGCCACAAGCAAAGAAAGCACUUGUGACAAAAGCUCCCAAGUAUCUGGAGAAAACUGGGCAAGCUUUCUGUGGCUCCAUGAUCCGAAACACAGGAGUGUGCUGCCAUCAGAGGGAGAUACAGAAAAACAUUGUCCAUCAUGUUUAUCAGAACAUGCUGGGUGGUAUUACUGGGACUCAGCUAAGGAAGUGUCUCCAGGUGCCCUUUGUACGUUCUCUCUACUCCUACCGCGUGUUCCAAACAAGACGUCUUUUUGAUAGGAGAGCUACGUGUUUGGAAUGGCAUCCAACGCAUCCCAGCGUACUUGCUGCAGGCUCCAAAGGUGGAGAGAUCAUGUUGUGGGACUAUGAAGUGCCUAAAAAAACCUGCUUCAUAAAAGGGAUGGGACCUGGAGGGGCCAUCACAGGAAUGAAGUUUAACCCUUUUAACCCUAGUGAGCUGUUCACAUCAUCACUUGCUGGAACUGCUGCCCUGCAGGAUUUAAGUGGGAAGACAAUCCGAGUCUUCACCAGCACCGAUGAUUGGGCUUUCUGGUACUGCAGUAUUGAUGUAUCUGCAAGUUGCCGAACUGUGGUGACAGGUGAUAACGUUGGCAACGUGGUCCUGCUUGAUAUGGAGGGUAAAAAGAUAUGGAAUCUGAAACUGCACAAAAAGAAAGUGACUCAUGUGGAGUUUAAUGCUCAUUGUGACUGGCUCCUGGCUACAGCCUCUGUGGAUCACACAGUUAAAAUUUGGGAUUUGAGAAGCAUUAAGGACAAGUCAAGUUCUCUUCAUAUACUUCCACAUGAUAAAGCUGUUAAUGCAGCUUAUUUCAGUCCAAUCAAUGGUGCUAAAUUACUGAGCACUGACCAGCACAAUGAAAUCCGGAUUUAUUCCUCUUCUGAUUGGUCCAAACCACAGCACUUGAUUCCGCAUCCUCAUCGGCACUUUCAGCACCUCACACCUAUCAAGGCAACAUGGCAUCCACGUUAUGACCUAAUUGUGGCUGGUCGUUACCCAGACCCUAAAUUCCCAGGAUACACAGCAGAUGAGCAGAGAACUAUUGACAUAUUUGAUGGAAACAGUGGGGAGAUGAUGUGUCAACUGCAUAAUCCAAAUGAAUCACUCAUUCACGUGCUCAAUAAGUUUAAUCCCGUGGGAGACACACUGGCUUCUGGAAUGGGUAUUCAUAUUCUGAUGUGGAGUCGGGAGGAGAUAUAACCAAGAAGCAGGAGCAUCAUAUGGAGGCUCUCAGAGCAGGGAAUCAGAUUCAGGAGCUUAUCUCAACAAGGAGGACGGUGGCAGAGGCACUCAAACACAGGAACAAGCAAACUCAAAACUAAACUAUUCAGUCUUGGAUUAGAGGACACUAAAACAAAGGACACAAAUUACAA